AUGGACGCCUCGGUUCGAGCGCACGCAUCGAUACCUUUGAACUUGCACGUAGCUCAUUUAUCGUCGUUUAUAAAACCGACCGAUGAAUUCUUCUUGUUAUCCUACUUCUAUCGAUCGUACCGUUUCAGAGUUCGAAGACCAGUGGUGAAGCGAUGGGAUCAAGUUCAAUACGUGGUUAUAAAUUCGAAUGAGAUACUCAAAGUUCACUUUGUGGCAAUGAGACACAAUGAAUCGAUCAAAUUCGACCAUUGUUCCUACAAAUUGGCCAAAGUAUCCGAAUACUUACAAAUGUCAGUGUACAUACCAGUGAACGUGUUCGUGGAAUGUGCCGCUUUCAACGAUAUUUAUCUCAGUGAUACACUUGUAUUACACGCAAGUGUAUUCUUCAUUUUCCUCACGCAGGCUUGUAAGAAGAGUCAAAAGAAU